AUGCCCGCGAAUGCUACCUACGUCCGAACCUCCAUCGAGAUGCUGGCCGGCGUUCUAGCAUCCUCGAGCUUCAAUGCAGCCCACAUCCAGUUGACAAUGCCUCAGAAAUCCAUCCAAAGCACCACUGUGCUGAAGCACAGGCGCACCGUCGAGGAUUUGCUGCUGAAAAGCAAGUUGGUGCCAGAGUUGCGCACCAGCCUUUUGUUCGAGCGCCCGGAGUCAUCUCAGAGUGACCGCCGGAGCCUGACACAGACCUGCAUCCUGAGCACCUUUCAGAGUUUCAGUGAGCCAGCAUUCCUGGCAACCAUGCCGGCCCUCGAGGGUCGACUUGGCCCCUUCCCACUCAUCAAAGUGGCCAACAUGUUGGGCUGUGAUGAGGACUCAAGGAAGGGCGUGCCAUUGCAUGGGAUGGUGUUGGAUGCCUUCUUCAACGACUUCGGGCUCCAGGAAGAUGAUCGGGCUAUCUUCUUUGACAUGGUGCCGAACAGGCAGUGUGAGUUUGCAAGGGCGGCCGUGGCGAAGCUGCUGGAAGGCAAUGCGGGUCCGCAGGUUUACUAUGUGGGCCUCUUCCGACCGGACCAAUAUGCGGAUGUCAAGCCACAGCUCUGUGAGAUGAUUUACAGGUGGUGGGAUGACAGUGCCGACUCCCCGCCCAAAGCUCGACCCGCUGAUGCAGCAACGCCUGCAUUGCCACCAUUGAGCCUGGAGAUCCUGGCCGUCGCCGCAGAUCACCCAGUCUGGCCUCAGAGCCUGGACUCCAAGUUUGAGGACGGCACGGAGGAGAAGAAGAACUUGAUGACUCUGAAGAAAGAAUUCCUUGCGAAGUACCCCGCUCCGGAUCCAAACGCUGCUGCACCGUCGAGCGGCCGUGGUGCUGGGUCGGGAAACCCGCCUCGGCCUCGGGUGGCGGGCCAUUGCGAUUUCAGCCGUGAUGGGGAGCCCCUGAGCGUCGGCCGAGAGAUUCGUUUGCCACCUGUAUCCAUGUCAAGCAUUGCUGUUGAGAAGCUCCUUGGCUGGACAUUGAGCUCUCCCGAGAUGCUGGGAAUGGUGCAAGGAAAAGCCACGAAGCCCGCCAUCAUCAUCGACAGCCACUAUCAGGUUUGGUUGGGCAAUGUUAAUGACACAGAGCUGGACGUGCCGGCGGGAGAUUUGUUUGGCUUUGGUACCGGGACCUUCGGAGAGCAGGCCUUGGUGCGAAACGCCGCCCUUGAAAAUGGUGGCAUACCAUGGAGAUUGACGUCGGACAAGGACUUCAUCUCCAUGGACAAGAAGACUCCCGAGCCCUUGUGCCAGGUGCUUCGGAACCAAGCCGUGAACCACGGGCUGGCCAGUGUGGAGGCUGGCGGUGGCGAGAGUGAGCCGAUCUCCUUUCGAUUUGAUGUGGCACCCUCCGCGAGCUUGAAGACACACCUCUUCAAGCCCCAUUCAGUGGAGCCUGCUGAUAAAGACAAUCUCCGGUCUGGCGCGGUCGGGGCGGUCUUCCACAACCAGUAUGCCCGGAUCAUCAACAACAAACGAGCCCGUGUCGUGUGGGAGGAUGGCCGGCAAGCUGCUGGUUCUGGAGAUCGUGCACCGAAGAGUACACCAAUGAAAAGGCCUGCAGCUGCCAAGAAGAAGCCAGCCCAAAAGAAGCAGAAGAAAGAUGAUGAUCAGGAUAUCCCCGAAGUAGAAGCUUCACAACCGGAAGCCGCCGAAAGUGACAAGGAGUUGAAUGACGAGGCCGUGGAGGGUGGAGAAUCAGAAGACCAGGAGGAGGAUCCUGAAGAACCAGAUGCCGAGGAACAGCCGCCCCCGAAGAAGGCUCCAAAGAAGGCUGCUAAGCCAAAGGUUGAGGCAAAGAAUCGUGUCACACCAAAGGCUGAGGCAAAGAAUCGUGUCACACCAAAGGCUGAGACAAAGAAGCCCGUCACACCAAAGGCUGAGACAAAGAAUCCUGUCACACCAAAGGCUGAGACAAGGAAGCCUGCCUUGAAGGCCAAAUCAAAGCUUGCCAAGGCUAAGGGAGAACCGAAGCCAGAGGCUGCAGCAACGAAUGAUCCUGAUGUUGCUGAGAAUGUGCCAGCUGCAAAAAAGAAGCCCGCUGCCGCAAAGAAAGGGUGCGGAAAGGGAGCAGAAGCAAAGAGAGCAGCGGCCAAGGCGAAGUUGGAUCCCAGCGGCCGCAAAGUGACCAACCCGUACUACUAUUCGAACAACAAUUCCUAUGGAAUCAAAGUGGAUGUUGGUGGUAUGUACCAUGACAAGGAGACCAGCUUCGAGAUUGCAAAUCUGGCAGCUGCCGAGCUUCGCAAGGGCACAUCACUUGCAGAGGUGAAGCUGAUGGUAGCCAAGGCCGCAAAUGCCAUGGCAGAGCAGCUGACAGAGGAGCAGGCAGAGUGCGUUGAUGGCAUUGAUGGCGAAGGCGCGGAGGAAGAGCCAGAUGGGGCUGAGAAUGCAGAGGAUGCAGCAGAUGGCAAUGAUGAUGAACAGGAAUCGGCGUCAAAGUUGCGGAUUGCUCCAUAUGAUGUCACAAGCAUGGAGGAGCCCAAGAAGGAGGAGGAGGAGGUCAAGGCGGAGCCGGUGAAGUUUGUCUACUACGUCGACAACCACCAGGUUUUCAUCGACGUGCUCUGGUGGCGCUGCUUGAGCCCCAAGGAGCCCGGGCAAGCGAUCUUCAUCGAAGGCGUCCGGGCGGGUCUGCGUGCCACCCCAGUGCCGGCCAACGACGUCGAGGUCGUGGUCGAGACCUCCACUUUUGCCGGUCCCUCGUCAUGUGGUCGGGAGCUCGGGUUUGGCCGUGCUCGCUUUUUGAGGUCCCUCAUGGAGUCCCUGGCUUUGAGGGAGGAGGCCGAGAGAGCGGAGGAGGGUCCCAAGUUCAAGAUCAUUAUGGCCAGCUCGAUGGAGUCUGACGCCGUUUUUUGGGAGGUGCCCGUGGACCUGGCAUGGUGGAAUUCUCUGAGUGCUCAGGAGCGUCACCUUUUCGUUGCCGGUGUGCGAGCUGGUUUGAAGGCGGCGUUGGCGUCAGCCCCGGCCACAAGCGCCGCGGGAAGCGCAAGAAAAUUCUUUAUCUACGUUCGGGACCGCGUGGAGAAGUUACUCAAGGAGCGGUUGCACCUCCCCGUGGAAGAAACCCUUCACAUCGCGCACGUGCUGACCCAAACAGCGAAAGGCUUCCUCAUGGGUGCCACCAGCACCGCGAAAGGAGCUUGGAAGGAUAACGUGCUUCAUGUCCAAGACCCUCGUGGUCUGGGUCGCAGGUUGCACGCCUUCAUGCGCUUGGAGUUUCAGGACGGAACCAGGAAGCUGCCGUCGCAGGACUACCAUGGGUCCGGGCGCGCGCACUUGCACAUGAUCGUCUUCGGUGCAGAGGAUCUCAUUCGCGACCUUCCCAUCGACACGACCGUCAGCGCCAGCCUGCCGAACUCUGAAGAAGACGUGGACAUGCACGGCUAUGUGCUUGGUUCGCAGAUCGACCACGAGGGCGACAGCGGCCGCGAGAUCUGGGAGGCGCCCACCUGCUUCGAUGAGGAAAAGCGGUUCUGGCGACUGGCCCACUCGGAGGAGGACCACAACCGCGGGCUCCGCGCCUACGUCAAGGAUGUCUUGGACGCUCUGAAAUGUCACCAAGAUUUCUUGAUUGGCAGCGACAAGGCCGGCAUGCUGCGGCAGUACAUCACGAAGUACCUCUCAAAAUUUUCGGACAGCGCGUCGCAGGACUGGCUCAAUGACGACGCCGAUGCCACGAGCAUCGCCACCACGGUUCUCAUGCGAUAUCAUCCGUUGGAGCCGGAGAUGACCCUGCAGCUGUUCGGGCAAAAGUUCCGGCAGUGGCACAUGACGACCGUGACCGGCGGCAAGCGCGACUUCGUGGUCCCCGUCCCCGACAUAGAGGUGCCUCCCAAGGAGAUCGUGCUGUACGAAGCCGCGACAUGGGCACGCGGAAAGAUUUCGCUGCUUGACUUCUUGCGCAAGACCACCGGCGACGGCCAGAUCUGCCACUGGCUGAAGAAGCUGCACAAGACCACCCAACCGGACACGCCCUUGCCAGAGUUCGCUGCUGCCUAUGAGAUGCUAGGUGAGAAAGUGGUCGCAGCCGACAUGAACUCGCGGUUCAGCGAUAAAUUCUACGGCCAGUGGCUCGUCUUGCAUUGCCCUUUCACUUCCUUGACGGAAUUCGUGGACGAGGAUGUCGAAGAAGAGCUGCGCGUGGAGGGACACAGCAGAGCAGCGACAGAGGGCAUCCUCAACAUGAUCCGCAGCACCCGCACGCUCGUGGCAGACUACUUGUCAGGACUCGCGCAGGCGCCGCCAACGGCCGUGCGAUACAACCGUCAGCAGGAGCGCUUCAAGGGUCUUCUAGACCGAGCCGUGUCGCGCGCCAUGACCUACCGCACAACGGCGGAUGAGUGUCAGGCUGAUGACCUCAGACAGGAGGCGCAUGCGGAGGCGAAGGUGCUGGUAUGCAUGGGCAAGCCAGGUUCGGGCAAGACUACUGUCUGCCAUCGCAUGAUCGAAGAAAUCCUGCCGGAGGGCGGGCGCGUCCUUUUCGCUCUUCCGACCGCGCAGCUCGCCAGUCGCAUGAGAGAGCGCUACGGUCGGCGCAUCGAUGUGGACACUUGUCACGCCGCAUUCGGCUUGCACGAGGACGAGGUCGGCUCCCACAUGCCGCUGCUCGCGCACUACGACUUGACGGUCGUGGACGAGAUUUCGCAGAUGGAGGGCCGACACACUGACCGCAUCAUCCAGCUUUGGGAGAUGUCCGACCGCGUGCCCGUUCUGGUCUUCUGCGGAGACAAGUGGCAAAUGUCUGGCUUGGGCGACGUGCGGCCCUGGCACACACCCAAGUGGAAAUUGGCUACGUUCCGCACAGACUUCCAUCAGAGCUUCCGAUGCCAGGACCCUGCCUUUGAGAAGCUGCUCAACAAGCUGCGGACGGCCAAGCCCACCGCAGUCACUUUGAAGCUACUGCAGAAGAAGAAGGCGUGGUCGCCUCCGGGCCCUCCGACAGUGCGAGGCGUGCAGCGACUUCUCCAUAUGCAUCCCAACACGACCAUUCUGACCUGCACCCGCUUCGGCGCUCAGGCGGUCAACGAUUGCGCCCUGGAAGCAAUCUUCUCGAGUCAGUCACCGUUGGUCGAACUGCCAGGGGACAUGGAAACAAACCCCGAUAACUACCUGGAUGGCAAACUCAAGCCAGACUCCGAGCUCCGCCCGCUGACUGUCCGCGUCUUCGAAGGAAUGCAAAUCUACCUGACGAAGAACGUGAGGAAGGACUUGGACUAUGUCAAUGGCAUGCGGGCCACCGUUCUCUCGUACACAGUGGCCUCCAAGGCUGUCCGAGUGAAAACGGCUACCGGUCACAUCUUCGACGUCUGGAGGUGGACGGAUGUGGGGCACAAGAAUCUCUCCUACUACCCCAUGAGACCUGGGUAUGCCAGCACCAUACUGAAGUUCCAGGGGGCAGAGCUAGACCACGUGACGAUCUACCUCGAUGCGAAGAACAUCCCAGGGGCCGCCUACACCGGGUUGAGCCGCGUUCGCCGCAUGAGUGACUUUCUUUUGGGCGGAAACCUGGAGGCGUUGCACUUCACGCCG